AACCCUAAACGUGAAAAAAGGGGGUUUAUGCUCUUCCCCUGAAUCUUUAACCCUUAAUUGAUUUGCAGAUAGGUUUAUAGGGUCGAAAGUCCGUCAAUGGCGGCUUCCAGGUUUGCAUCUUUGGCUGCUAUGGCAGCUGUUGCGGCCGCAUCAACCACCACUUGUUCCUAUGCCGACGCUCCGUCAUUUCGUUUCAAUCCGUUUGCUCAAUCUCCGGCUCCAUCGCAGUCGCCUCAACUGGCGUCGGAACCUACAAACGCGGAACCUAAGCCAGAGGUUGAGGAUUCGAAAGGCGGUUUUGAUCCUGAAGCUCUAGAAAGGGGGGCUAAAGCACUCAGAGAAAUCAAUAGUUCUCCCUAUUCUAAACAGGUAUUUGAGGUAAUGAGAAAGCAAGAGCAGGGCCGUCUUACUGAAUUGGCAGCGGAGAAGGCUCAUCAGGAAGCUAUUCAGGCUCAACUUGAUAUCGAAAGACAGCGAAAACUUGCCGAAGAUCAAAGGAAUUUAGUUCAACAACAAUCACAAGCUAAGGCCCAGAUGUUGCGAUAUGAAGAUGAAUUGGCUAGGAAAAGGAUGCAGACAGAUAAUGAAGCCCAAAGACAACACAAUGCUGAAUUAGCGAGGAUGCAAGAGGAGUCUUCUAUACGGAAAGAACAAGCAAGGCGAGCAACUGAAGAGCAGAUUCAAGCUCAACAAAGGCAGACGGAAAAAGAGAGAGCUGAGAUAGAACGUGAAACCAUUAGAGUUAAGGCCAUGGCUGAAGCGGAAGGCCGUGCCCAUGAAGCAAAACUAACCGAGGACCACAACAGGAGGAUGCUUGUAGAACGAGUAAAUGGUGAGAAGGAAAAGUGGCUUGCUGCAAUCAACACAACUUUUGGUCACAUUGAAGGUGGCGUCAGGAUGUUGUUAACAGAUAGAAGCAAACUAGUAAUGACCGUUGGAGGAGUUACCGCCUUAGCUGCAGGAGUUUAUACAACCAGGGAAGGUGCCAGAGUUAUGUGGGGGUAUGUAAAUCGUAUUCUUGGACAACCAUCACUGAUUCGAGAAUCAUCCAUGGCAAAAUUCCCAUGGUCGGGGAUAGUAACUCGUGGAACACAAAAACUCCGUAAUUAUACUACUGCAACUGGAAAAUCAGUUUCUGUGGAAGAUAAAGCUAAAUUUGGGAACAUUGUACUCCAUCCUUCUUUGCAAAGGAGAAUAGAGCAUCUAGCUCGAGCUACUGCGAAUACCAAGUCACAUCAGGCACCAUUUCGCAACAUGCUCUUUUAUGGACCUCCUGGCACUGGCAAAACUUUGGUUGCAAGGGAAAUAGCUCGAAAAUCGGGCUUGGAUUAUGCAAUGAUGACAGGAGGAGAUGUUGCUCCGCUUGGUGCACAGGCAGUUACUAAAAUUCAUGAGAUAUUUGAUUGGUCUAAGAAGUCAAAGAGGGGUUUGCUGCUAUUUAUUGAUGAGGCGGAUGCUUUCCUUUGCGAACGUAACAGCACACACAUGAGUGAAGCCCAAAGAAGUGCUUUAAACGCAUUGCUCUUCAGAACCGGAGACCAAUCAAGAGACGUAGUUCUUGUCCUUGCCACUAAUCGACCCGGUGAUCUCGAUAGCGCUAUAACGGACCGUAUCGACGACGUGAUCGAGUUCCCGCUUCCUCAGGAAGACGAACGGUUCAAACUAUUGAAACUCUAUUUGCACAAAUAUCUUUAUGAGGACAGUGACAACAUUAAGGAAUCCAAAUGGCAUUCCCUUUUCAACAAGAAAACACAAAGGAUCGUGAUCAAAGAUUUAUCGGAUGAUGUGAUACGUGAGGCUGCUAAAAAGACGGACGGGUUUUCUGGCCGUGAAAUAGCGAAACUAAUAGCCAGUGUUCAAGCAGCGGUUUAUGGACGGCCGGAUUGUGAUUUAGAUUCGCAGCUGUUUCUGGAGAUCGUGGAUUACAAGGUCGGUGAGCAUCACCAGCGAUUGGAGCUAGCGAAUGCAGGUAACCAGCUAGCAUAAAUAACACUUCGUUUCCGCAUGUAAGAGGUGGAAUUCGUUAUUGUUUUCAAUUUUCGCCUGCCGGAAUUUUGAACGAUAUAUAAAUAUUCGAAGAAGAGACGAAAAGGGGUGGAUUUUGGUAGGAUUUUGAGUAUUAGAUAUAAGAGGCUUUGGCAACUAGGGUUUUUUUUGCUUGUUCCUGUAGUUGUGAAAGUAUGUAUUUCAUAAGAAUAGGGCAUUUCUAUUGAAACGUUGAGAAGUGUCGAUUUGACCCUUUGUGCGGUUGAGCGU